AUGGCACUCAACCAAACCGAAAAAGAAGCCAUCGGCGUCGAAGUAACAGCCGAAUUGUCAAAAACCACCUACGCAUGCACUUCCCUGACCGUCCUCAGCGGCGGGACUGCAAACUUCAUAUUUCGAGGCACACUCGUCAUGCCUUUGCCCGACGGCUCGCAGUCUAUCAUCAUCAAGCAUCUGAAAGAAUACGUAGCCGCGAACCGGAAUUUCAAACUAGAUGUAUCGCGCAGUGUAUGCUUCUCAAUUCCAUCGACGCUUGAUUUCGAAGAAAUGAUGCUCAACGUAAUGGAUUCCUUCCCAGCCGUGAUAACAGACAAUUUCUCCGUCAGGACACCGCAUCUACAAUACUCCAACUGCAACACGAAUACCCAUAUCCUCGAGGAUCUAGUGGGGACAAUGGAUAUGAAAACAAUGCUGGUAACAGAUACUAAGUAUGAUGUGCUAACCCAGCCGAUGUGUAUAGCCAUAGGGCGUGCUCUUGGGCACUGGCUUCGUGGGUUUCAUAAUUGGACUUCUGCGCCGGGACAGGUCGAUUUGAGAGAUUAUAUGAGUGGGAAUAAGGCGAUGCGGGAGGUGAGGUAUGGGAUUAGCUAUGGAGCUUUUAUUGAUGUUGUGCGUAAGUUUCCGGAGAUUUGGGAGGAAAAUAGAGAGGUGUUGGAACGGGUUAAGAAUAUGGCGGCUGCGGAAUAUGCGAAUACCAACUUGCAAGAGACGGAGGAGAGCUGGACUAUUGUACAUGGCGAUUUUUGGUCCGGGAAUGUCCUGACUCCAGAUCCCACGACUUUCCAGAAUCAACAGUCAGAAGGAGGAAAUGUCUUCGUCAUCGACUGGGAGCUUGCUCAAUAUGGUCGAAAAGAAUAUGAUCUUGGUCAAAUGAUUGGGGACCUCUAUGAGCGAAAGCAUUUCGAGGGUCUCGGUAGCGCUCUCUGGAUCCUACAAGCCUUUGUCUCUGGUUAUGGUGUUCUCAGUGACAAGAUGGCUUUUCGAACGGCUAUUCAUGCAGGUGUACAUUUGAUCUGCUGGUACAUCAGACGGGACCCAAAUGCUCCAUUCACGGAAGCUCCCGAGCAGAUCCAAGAUGCGAUACGCAUUGGAACUGACUUCAUCGUUAAGGGAUGGAUGAGAGAUCUGACAUGGUUUGAAGGUAGUCCCCUGGCGUGCUUAUUCAAACAUGGUUGA